AUGUGUUGGCCACAGAUCGCCCUCAAGGCGCGCAUCACCGCGGGAUCCGAUGACAAGUGUCUGGUUGACUUCUCGGACGCGAACUUCACCAUCAAAUGCAAGCAUUUGUGGCACACGUCCCAAAUCUAUUGUCUCACGUUUGACAGAAGCGGUCGAUACAUAUUCACGGGCGGCGACGACGGUCUCGUCAAAGUGUACUCCACGCGCACCGACCGACUCGUCCGGUGUCUGUCCGACGGCACCGAACGCGAGUUCGUCGACGAAUUGGUCAGCGUUUGUCAGUCGAUAGACUUCGAGGACGAAAAUCUGGAGAUCAAUCUCGAGUCGGAGACCGAGAAGUUCGCCAUUCAGGACAUCGCCGUUAACUACGAGAACACAUUGAUAGCCGCCGCUAAAUAUACGGGUAAAGUGUGCCACACAUGCGCUCACCCGCACACACCUAUCGGCUCUUCGCGGCCACCCGUUUGACACAACAGUCAUUGACACUCAUUUUUGGCCACAAUUUGAUCCCAAUUUUUAGGUUCAAUUCCGGUCUGGAAUCUCAACACUUUCGAGUGUGUCAUCAAACUGGAGGAACAGGUGUUCCCGAUCCGGUCCAUCCGGUUCUCGCCGUUUGCCUUCGCCCCGAACCGCAAGUACUUGAUCUCCACGUCGACCGACGGUUUCGUCUACUUCUACGCCUACAACGACCGGACGUUUGAGUUCACGCCGAAGUCCGUCCACCGGAAGACCAAAUACGACGGCGACCGAGCGGUGAGCAUCUGCGGCGACGUGUCCACCGGCGGUCUCCUCUACGGCAUUGUCCACACGUUUGGCAUUCCGGUGGAGGAGUCGAUGCGGCCGUUGUCGAAGAGGACGCCGCUGAGUCCGAAGGACAUCCAAUCGGCCGUUCGUAUUAUCAAUUUGGCCGACGAUUCCCAGAAAGAGGAGUGGAAAUACGUUCAACACAAGACACACGCCGAGUGCGAGUACUCCUUCCGCUUCUGUCACAACAGUUUCCGGUUUGCCACCGGAUGUGAUAAAGACUCCAAUGCCUUCAUAUGGACUUUCGAUAAGGGAAACAAGAAAUGGGAUUCAAUAAUCAUUGAUAUCAACGCCAAAGGGAAUAAGAAGAUAUUGAGAGGCAAAUCGAAACAAUCGAUCACCGAAUCGGUAUAUGUCGAUGAAUUCAUCUUCAGCUGUGAUGACAAGUAUCUGAUUAUGUCUUUGACGGACAACUCGAUCAAAGUGUGGAACGCGGAGUCGGGAGAACUGGUCCGACAUUUUGAAAAUUUGCAUACAAACAAGAUUUCGGUCAUUGAAUAUCACCCAAAGUUGGACCACAUUUGCCUCUCAGCCGGUUAUGACUCCCGUGUCUUCGUCUACGAUAUACUCAAAGGCGUUGUCGUCCGACAAUUUGACUGCAAUGUAGGCGUCAAUCGAUUGCAAUCCGAGAGUCCGUCGAAGUCGUCGAAGACAUUUGACUUGAUUCUACCGCUUCUACUGCAGUGUCAGUUCAGUCCCGACGGCCUGACGAUCGCCGCCACCGAUAACUUGGGUAAUAUGACAGUCUUCACCAGCGAUGACGCCGUCGCCCAACAGUCCGAUACCAUGGAUCAGUUCGAGGCCGAACUCUUGCGCAUACAUUCCGAGAGCGAGAACUCUAGCGAUAGUCAAUCGGCCGCCGAAGUGGUGCCCGCGGCCACCGAUAAGGACAUGAGUUACUAUUACGCCAUCUUUGAGUUCGAGUUGGAUCUGCUUCGGGGCGUCGAGAAGCCAUCGCCGGCAAAGCUCAAGAGCGAAGACAAGACUAUCGACGAAAAAGACAAUAAAGUGAUCAAAACGUUGACAAUGAAGAGUGAGACCAAAGCUGUGGGCGACGCGAAGCCAAAAUCAGUGGCCAGCCGUUCGCCGGCCAAACCUGUAGCUAAGACGACACCGCGACCGGUGCUCCAGAAGUCAAAUCCAAAGUUAAACGCUGUGAAGAGAUCGGCAAAGAGUCCUCAGAAGGCUAUCAAACGGACCGUCGCGGCCAAGAGUUCCCCGAAAGAGGCCAAACCGAGUGGUAGUACGACUACUACUCCGAUGACUGGCAAACCACUCAAAGAGGAGUGCAAACGCAUUUUGGACGACAUCUUCGAGAACCCGAACUCAAUACCAUUCCAGAUGAACGAUCACAUCAAAUACCCGGACUAUCGCAAAGAGAUCGUCGACGCGGACCUAUCGCUGAGCUCUAUUCGCGUGGAUCUGAUGGAAGGCCGCAUGAAAGUCAGUGGAUUCAACUCACAUAUGAACGCUGUCUUCGAGAACGCGAAGACAUUCUACCGGAAGCGCGAGGAAGAGGUCUACGAUAUGGCCGUCGCUCUCGAGGAAUACUACUGCAAGAAAAUGGCCGACAAGUUUGGCGACGCGUUCAAAGCGCCCAAACCNGGAUUCAACUCACAUAUGAACGCUGUCUUCGAGAACGCGAAGACAUUCUACCGGAAGCGCGAGGAAGAGGUCUACGAUAUGGCCGUCGCUCUCGAGGAAUACUACUGCAAGAAAAUGGCCGACAAGUUUGGCGACGCGUUCAAAGCGCCCAAACCUGUGGAGGACAGCGACGACGAGGACGAAGAAGUGGAGUGUACUGAUAGUGAUCUCGAAUCUCCGGCCAACGCGACUGAAAUGGCCCCCAAAGUGAUUGAAACGUGGGUUAAAGUGGACGACACGUCGGCCAAAGAGGUCGAAGCGCUGACCAAAGUUGACGAAAUGACCGCCAAAACGGGUAAAGCGAGUAAAACACUGGCCGACAAAGUGGUUGAAAAGCCGGCCAAAGAGGUUAAAGCGAUCGCCAAAAAGAUUAAAACGCCGGCCAAAGCUGUAGCCGAGAGUUCGGUUAAAGCUGUAGUCGAGAGUCCGACCAAAGCGGCCGUCAGUUUACGGGCGAAAUCGCCGCGUAAAGUGUCGCGUGAUAUCGAACUUAAUGAUAGCCCGCGGCCGAAGAGUAGUGUUCCCAAUGAUCUGAAGUGUAUGCUAAACCUAAGACCAGUGGUUCCGCCGUUCGAGAACGCGAAGACAUUCUACCGGAAGCGCGAGGAAGAGGUCUACGAUAUGGCCGUCGCUCUCGAGGAAUACUACUGCAAGAAAAUGGCCGACAAGUUUGGCGACGCGUUCAAAGCGCCCAAACCGGUGGCGGACAGCGACGACGAGGACGAAGAAGUGGAGUGUACUGAUAGUGAUCUCGAAUCUCCGGCCAACGCGACUGAAACGGCCCCCAAAGUGAUUGAAACGUGGGUUAAAGUGGACGACACGUCGGCCAAAGAGGUCGAAGCGCUGACCAAAGUUGACGAAACGAGCGCCAAAACGGGUAAAGCGAGUAAAACACUGGCCGACAAAGUGAUUGAAAAGCCGGCCAAAGAGGUUAAAGCGAUCGCCAAAAAGUUUAAAACUCCGGCCAAAGCUGUAGCCGAGAGUCCGGCCAAAGCGGCCGUGAGUUUACGGGCGAAAUCGCCGCGUAAAGUGUCGCGUGAUAUCGAGCUUAAUGAUAGCCCGCGGCCGAAGAGUACUGUUCCCAAUGAUCUGAAGUGUAUGGUCUCUGACCUCAAGAAUAUUGAGCCCAAAAAUUCAAAGAGAGUGUCGCGAAAAGCGCACGACUUGUUGGACACGAGUGUUUCGUCUGUCAAUUCGGCCAAAAAAGCUAAACCUAAGACCAGUGGUUCCGCC